AUGUCUGCCGAGAAGAGACCCGCCGACGGCGAACCAGGCACGUCGCAUGUCCUGGUGAAGCGCCAAAAUGUCAACAAGUCAGAGGGUGCCCUUGCUCGCCUGAACGCCUCCAGCAAUGCGCUCGUGCAGUCGGCCCCGAGAACGAGUGCGCUGCAGGCACCUGUAAUGCAGUUGACGGGUCAUUCUGGUGAAGUAUUCACAGCCAAAUUCGACCCUACGGGAAACCUCAUUGCGUCUGGGUCAAUGGAUAAAAGUAUAUUACUGUGGCGAACAUACGGCGAUUGCGAAAACUACGGCGUACUAAACGGACACAAGAGCGCGGUUCUGGAUCUACAGUGGUCUCGCGACUCCGAAAUCUUGUACACUGCCUCUGCCGACACGCACCUGGCGAGCUGGGAUCUGACCUCGGGCACAAGAAUUCGACGGUACAUUGGGCAUGAAGAAGUUGUCAACGCGCUGGACAUUACGCGCCGUGGCGAGGAGAUGCUCAUCAGCGGCAGCGACGACGGCUCAAUCGGCAUCUGGGACCCGCGCACCAAGAACGCUGUCGACUAUAUCCAAACUGAUUUUCCAGUCACGGCCGUCGCCAUCUCACCGGCUGGAAACGAACUCUACACGGGCGGCAUCGAUAACGACAUCCGUGUGUGGGAUCUGCGCAAGAAGUCUGUUGUGUAUAGUAUGGCUGGCCACUCGGACACCAUUACGUCACUAAGAGUGUCGCCGGACUCCCAAUCGCUGCUAUCGUAUGCCAUGGACUCAACAGUCAGGACGUGGGACAUUCGGCCAUUUGCCCCCACGGAGCGGCGGAUUCGCACUUUUGACGGGGCCACAUCGGGAUCAGAAAAGAAUCUGCUUGGGGCCAGCUGGGAUGCUGAUGGCAAGAAGAUUGCGGCUGCGUCAGGGGAUGGUACUGUCCUCGUGUGGUCUAGUGAGAACGGCAAGCUGUUAUAUAAGCUCCCUGGCCACCGCGGCACCGUCAACAGUGCAGAAUUCUCGCCCAACAAGGAGCCAGUUCUUCUCUCCGCGUCGUCGGAUCGCACUAUGCUUCUUGGCGAGCUGAAAUGA